GCGAGGUGGUCCGGAAGGGAGCGAGAGCGAAACUGACGUGGAUGGAAGAGGAAGAUACUGAUACUGAGAGAGAAAAGAAAGAAAGAGAUUUCAGGAAUAUUACUUUCAAUGAAGAGAGAGCGACGUGAAGAAAGACAUAUAUAUGGUAAAAUAACAUCCUGCUUUGACUGAAAACAAGAAAACCAAAUUGAGAGCGGGACUGAACUCGGGGACCUAAAGCUGGUCAUUGGAGAAAUUUGAAAAACGGAAUUCAUUCUGUGGUGUUUUUACAGCUUUAACCGUUUUAAUUCCUCUCGAAUCCGGAGAAGUACAUUUCAUCCAGCGCUCGCCCCAGACUUGUCAUCCUCGCGCCUCCAUGUAUAAAAUGGAUUACUCCUACCUGAACUCAUAUGACUCGUGCAUGGCGGCCAUGGAGGCAUCGGCCUACGCGGACUUCAGCUCGUGCAGUCAGGCCAGCUCGUUCCAGUACAACCCGAUCCGGACCGGGUUCGGUGCCAACCCGGGAUGCGCACCUCUGAGCACCGCUAGCUGCACACUGGGGUCCCUUCGGGAGCACCAGCCCACACCCUACUCCACAGUUCCAUAUAAAUUCUUCUCCGACCCAUCGGGUUUAAACGAGAAGCGGAAACAGCGGCGCAUAAGGACCACCUUCACGAGCUCACAGCUGAAGGAGCUGGAGCGCGUGUUCGCGGAGACCCACUAUCCCGACAUCUACACGCGCGAGGAGCUUGCGCUCAAGAUCGACCUUACAGAGGCGCGGGUGCAGGUGUGGUUCCAGAACCGGCGGGCUAAGUUCCGUAAGGUGGAGCGUGCGGCCAACUCUAAAUCUGGUAACGGGACCGGGGGCCCAGGAGGGAACAAUGGCAAUGCUGGGGGGAAAAAGGGCGAGCCCAGAUCUUCCUCAGAUGAUGACGAAUCAAAAGAGUCCACCUGCAGUCCCACCCCUGACAGCACCGCCUCACUGCCUGGCUCAGCCAAUGGGAACAUGGGUAGCCCUGCCAGCCUCAGCCCCAGCCCCGCCCCUGCUAAUGGUGGCUACGCCAACACCUCCAGCUCCCCUGUUCUACAGGGUCUCAAACCCCCUGGCUGGCCCAGCCUAGGCCCCGCCCACCCAGGAAUGGCCCAACCCGCAGCCCAGGCUCCAGAGCUGCUGAAGGCGUGGCAGCCUGCAGACAGUAUGACAGGGCCUUUCGCUGGCGUGCUCUCCUCCUUCCACCGGAAACCCAAUGCUCUCAAGACUAACCUGUACUAGAGACAAGGAGCACAGAUCUCUAGUAUAAUUACUGUAUAUCUCUACAGACUAACCUGUACU